AUGAGUUGUGAUAUGGAUGGUCUUUUGGAAUUUCUUCUCUAUGUUGGUCAAGCAAAACGAACAUUUCGUACAGGUUGGGUAUUACAUGGUGUCGAAAAAGUUGAAAGUGUAGCUGAUCAUAUGUAUCGAAUGGCUGUUAUGUCACUUUUAUUACCAACUGUAGCUGAAGAAUCGAAAGUUCGUUGUAUGAAAUUAGCACUUGUACAUGAUUUAGCUGAAUCUGUUGUUGGAGAUUUAACUGAAUUUGAUGGUAUACCUAAAAGUGAAAAACAUCGACGAGAAAGUGAAGCGAUGCUUUAUUUAACAAGUUUAUUACCAGCUGACGUUGGAAGAGAAAUAUUUUCACUUUUUAAUGAAUAUGCCGAUCAAAAAACUAAUGAAGCUACUCUUGUUAAAGAUUUAGAUAUAUUUGAUAUGCUUUUACAAGCUUAUGAAUAUGAAAAACUUCAAUGUGACAAUGGAUUUUUAGAAGAUUUUUUUAAAAGUUCAUCGGAUAAAAUCAAAACAGAUAUUGUUCAAAAAUGGCUUAAACAAUUAAUAGAAUGUCGAUCAUCGGGAAAACAAUAUCAAUUACCAUCAGAUUCAAAUCUGAAUACGAUGCUUAAACAUGUUCUCUAUGAUGAACAAGGAACAUUUUUAUAUAAAUUUCCAUCAUCUGAACUUCGUGAAAAAUCCAAUCGAUUUAUUUCCAAUAAAACGAAAGAUAAUAAUUCAUUAUCGACAACUGAUACAAAUGAACUUUUGACAAAUCUUGUCAAAGGUAUUAAACAUCAACAUCAUUAA